GUAAACUCUUUAGAGCCUUGGAAAAAGCAGCUAACUCUACUAAACAGUACACAACACACUUGAAUGUGUGCCAUAAAUUCUGUACAUCACGUUACAAGCCAGAGCCUGAGCUCGCAGCCAAAAUGAGAUUAUACCUGCACACUGUCAUCUGCUGCUGUGUUUUCACCACCGUCCUGCCACUGGUAAAAGGUGCCACAGGGGAACUUAACUCCAGCCUGAAAAAAAGGUUUAAAGUAUUGCUGCAGAGCCGUAUGAAGAGAGACCUGGGCAACAGCUUAGUGACAGCCAAUGAGCAGUACUCUGACAUCCAUAUUGGACAACAGAGAAAGGUUGCAAAAACUGUCUCACCACCACUAAGCUUUGGGUUAAAUAUCAGACCCAGGAGGUCAACAUCACCCAAACAAGUUGGCUGCGUCCUAGUCACAUGUGUGUACCAUGACCUGCUCGACCGAAUUAUCAAGAUUAACAGCCCUAAAGAGAGCUGUGCCCCUAAGCACAAGAUUGGUUCAAAUGGCUAUGGGCGGCGGCGACGGCGCUCACUCCAGGAUGUCACUCAACUUGCCCUCCAGACAGAAGGACGGAGCACUGAAGCUGGUCAGCGAGCCCCCAAACAGAAAAGCACAUGCAAAGUCGCCUAAGACAGGCAUGGAAAGGCAGAGGAGAAUUCCUGUUGGAGGUUUUUUUGCGCUCACAGCAGAUGAAGAGAAGUCCCCUCAGAGGUUUUAUUCCACAGAUUUACAACUAGAUGCAGAAACUGCUGCUACGUCUUUAUGGCCCUGUCACAGGAAGUUCAGGUCACUCUGGAUGAAAGCGAGAUUCUGAAGUUUGUGUGUGUAUUCUUACCUGCAGGUUUCAAUGUGUCUGAAGGAGUGCAUGAUGUUUGGAUGAAUUCAAGUUAGACCUGUGGGACUUGACAAAAAUGUCUGUCUCUUCUUCAGCUUUCAAAGUAAGCUUGGCAGCUGAGAAAGAAGACUAUUCCUAAAGGUCUUCUCCAAAAUACCCAUGAACUGAAGAGGAACUGAGGCCAAAACGAGGGAGGGCUUGAUCCCCCCUCAAGAAACUGAGAUUACUGGACCCCAAACUGUCACAUUCAGGAUCCUCUCACAAGAGAACUGAAUGUGGUGAAGUGCAAUUUAUACAAUAUGUACUAAGCCUUUACAUAGUUAAAAAUAUGUAAUUAUCAGCUUGUAUAUACAUAAGGAUAUAUAAAGCUACCUUAUUUUUAAGCGUACAACACUAUUAUAUUUUUAUACAGCCAAAACACAUAAUAAACAUUUUUAACUUCAAUGAAGUAUUUGAUGCAUCUUAAUUGUGUAAAUAAUUACCUUGUCGUGUCCAUGUAAUCUUAUCACUGUUUAUGUGUAUAUCAAUUGUCUUAACAUUAUUAUGAUGAUUAUACCUUAAUGGAAAUGAAUCAUAUUCGCAAUGUUUCAAAGACAUUUGUUUAAAUGGUGAACGUCAUACAUAGCAACUGAAAAGCAAAGAGGUUAUUUAGUGUUUGGCCAGACUUUAGAAGCCAUGGAAAAUGAUGCAGAGGCUCUUUUUGGUAUCAUGUAGAAGACUGAUGAGCUAAUGUAAGUGUUGUGCUGCCACCUAGCUUUGCAGGCGGCAGGCUACAUGUAACAAAUGCAGGACCAACUGGUUCAACAAGUGAGCUUCAACAAAGCACUUACUGUGGUAAUGUUAAAUGUUUCAUAUUAAUAGUCUUAGUUUUGACAUUUAUCUGCUUAUUUGAAUGUAAUAAAUCACAAUUUACUCAUAAUUCAGCUGAAAUUACUUGAAAUGGUAUAAGGUAACAUGAUUUAUGUCUUGUUGUGGCACACAUGCCAGAAAUUGUAAUUGUUUUCAGCUGGCUGCGAUGUCCUGCAAUGUUCUGAAAUAAAUGAAUGAA